CCCCCAGCCGUGCAUUCCGUCCCCGCGUCUCCCAAUUCCGAUAUAUAUAUAUGUUUCACAAUUUGAUUAAUUUUUCAGCAUAUAGAUAAAUAAAUUGUUUUGUGAUAGUAUUUUUAAAAGAAAACGAACAUUUAUUUCGGUAAAUUUGAGGGAAAAAUGCCGUUUUGCGAAGUGGGCACAUCGAGAGGAGAAGGGGUGAGGAUUUUUUAUAGGAGAUAUGGCCAUGGAAGCACCAAAGUUCUCCUCAUUAUUGGAUUGGCGGCGACGCAUGAUUCAUGGGGACCGCAGAUAAAGGGGUUGACGGGGACGGUGGAGCCCAACGACGACGAGGAGGAGGCGCCGGCGGCCGGCGGUGAGGGAACGGAAGGCCCGAAUGAGGAGGACGAGGGGAUCGAGGUGUGCUGCUUUGAUAAUCGUGGGAUGGGGCGGAGCUCUGUGCCCACGAAGAAAUCCGAAUACACAACAGCCAUCAUGGCCAAAGAUGUCCUGGCUCUAUUGGAUCAUUUAGGCUGGAGAAAAGCUCAUGUCUUCGGUCACUCAAUGGGAGCUAUGAUUGCUUGCAAGUUAGCAGCAAUAGCACCAGAGAGAUUAUGCUCCUUGGCUUUGCUCAAUGCUACUGGUGGUGGCUUUGAGUGCUUUCCAAAGAUUGAUCGCCAAAUGAUAUCCCUUGCAUUUCGUUUUUUAAGAGCAAAGACUCCAGAGCAAAGAGCUCUGGUUGACUUAGAAACACAUUACACUAAGGAAUAUUUAGAUGAAUAUGUUGGAUCAUGCACACGAAGGAAAAUUCUUUAUCAGGAAUAUGUGAAGGCCAUAUCAUCAACAGGUAUGCAAUCUAACUGUGGUUUUGAAGGCCAAAUUAAUGCAUGCUGGACACACAAGAUGACACCAAAGGAACUUGACACAAUUUGUUCAUCUGGGUUUCUGGUCUCAGUAAUUCAUGGAAGGGAUGAUAUCAUUGCUCAAUUAAGUCAUGCAAGGAGACUUGCAGAGAAGCUGCACCCAGCUGCAAGAAUGGUAGAACUUCAUGGCGGACAUUUGGUGAACCAUGAAAGGCCAGAAGAGGUUAAUCAAGCUCUUAAAGAGCUGAUAAAGGCUUCAAAAUCUAAGCUCAGACCGGAAGAUUGGUCCCACUUGCCAGAGGGAGCAUCCGGGUGGCUUAUGUUGGGGAUGCAAAUGUCACCAAGGAGCAAUGAAGGAGCAAGUGGACUGGUAACUGUUUACAACUUAUUUGGGAAGGUACAACUUUGCUUCCUUUACUUCAUUGGGGUAUUUUUGAUGGGAUUUCAGCAGAUGAGAAAUGUUCUCAGAAUUAUGAAGCCUGUCAGAGUUGCGGCCUCCGAUUCGUAAGAUGCAACAGAUACCAAACUAACAUCCAGGAGUACUGAUGCAAGAAGAUUGUGUUCUCAAUCUACUUCCUAACCUUUACAAAACUCUUGCCAUUCAGAGAAUAACAAGCAACAGACUCGGAUAAUGCAUGCUGCUCAACAGCAGCUUUUUUGCGACUGCUAUUGUAUGUAUGCUGGAAUAAAUUCCAACAGGCAUCUACCAUUGUACCAUUUUAUUCUCUGUAUGGUUUCUUGUUUUUUCCUGGAAUGCAAAAUUACAUACCAUUUGAUACACUGAGUAUGAAAAGCUAUUUAAAGAUUGACUUGCA